AUGGCGUCUCUGUGGUAUUGCUGCGGUUGUCACUUCGGCCCUCACAACUCGUCUCUCUACGACGCCUGCAUUCAGUGUGGAAGAGUUCGUUGCGCUCGCUGCGUUGACGAGAAGAUCUCCGAUAGUAUGAGCAUUCACUCGCACUCCCACUCCCACGACAGCAACCCGAUCUCCGCCUACCCAACUGCCGUCUCAUUGCACUCGCCUCGCACCCCAACCUUGAAGACCACAGCUAUGUCCAUAGUUGUACCAGAGCUUCCCGGUCUACAGCCUUUACGACGUGCCGACUGCACAGGCAUCUCGUCAACCUCACUACCUGGAACGAGGCAGAACAGCCCGACCUACAUGUAUAUCUGCUGCGCUUGCGGAGACGGGCCUAAGAUCUACAACAUUCAACCUCGGUGCGUGUCAUGCAACCACAUAGCUUGCAACAAUUGUGAAGAGGUCAAGUGA